CAUAUAAAUAGGCCGCCAUUUGUUAUUGUCGGAGUGCGAGAAAGUGUCGCCUAGUGAUUGCAAUGAAAAAUGAAUUGUGAAUCUUAAAUGCUAGAUGUCGGCUCUGUACAUGUUCAGAAAAGCCGCCCAUGGAGAUAUUAAGAAGUCGGCGCAGAAAGUGUUGGAUAACAAAAAGGAUCCUCCAACCAGAUUGAAGCAUUUGCGUGUACUUCUAGACUAUUAUGACAUCCAAGAACAGAAAGGCUUCUUUGAAGAGAAUUUCUCACAUAUAUACUAUAUAUUUUACGAUGUCUUUGUCAAUGUUGAGACUGAAUUGAAGCAAAGAGCCAGUAAGUCUCAUCGAGAAGAACUUGAAGCUAUUCUCCAGAUUUUUGAGAAAAUUCUAGUUCUUUUACCUGAGAAGAUUCACAAAAAAUGGAUGUUUCACAAUAUUGGUCGAAUUAUGAAAAAAUUACUUCAUCCAAAGAAUGGGUUAAAGCUGCGUCGAGAAGGCAUGAGGCUGUUUAUCAUCUGGUACCAGAUUUUGCAGGAAAAUGCGUCCGAGGAAUGCCACAAUGUUUUCCUUUACUUAGUUCCUGGCCUCAGUUGUACUAGUUUAGAGGAUGUCUAUAGCAGAAUGGGCUUUAAUGACAACAACAAUGAUCUUGGAGUUGUCAGUCCUGGUGAAAUUUCACCCAUUCUUCCUGCCGUUGGAGAGAAACUUCCAGAAAAUACAACAAAAUUUUUUCUGGAUGCCUUUCUAGCUUAUCUGGUAUCUGAGGUUAUCAAAGUAGAAUGGUUGAACAAAAGUAUGAGGGAAACCAGUUUUGUAUUUUUAUUUGACAAAUUCAAAAGUUCUUAUCUGAAAUGGUUGCUACCUGAUUUUGAUUUUUCACGCAGUAUAUACGACCCUCCUUUAGAAUUACCAAAGAAUCGGAGAAUGCAAGACCUCAAAAGUCAAGAUAGGCCAUUAAAUAUUUCAGAAUGCCGGGAUUCCUUUGUCCGUUGGUUGUCUACAUUUGUGAUCUCCACAAAGCGAACUGAGAAUACAAUGACAAAGGGUUUGUCCUGUUCUCUGCUGACCGAGCAAAGUCAUCAAACGGAAGUAGAGACGUGUGCUGUGAGUGAACCAAAAGCGGACAGUGACCAGCUGGUACCCGGAAGUGCUGCCAGUACUUUAUCAACAGGCUCACAAUGUACAGAUAACUCUACAAAUUCUAGUAUAUAUAACGAAGACCAUAGUCUUUCAGAAUAUGAAAUUGUGAAAUCAGUUUUGUUUUCUACCCGAGAAAAUGUCAACGUUGUCCAUGAAGCAUUCCGACAGGCGUUGUUGUUUUCUUUUAACCAUGCUUUAGCAAUGAGAAGAGUUAUUGCUGUCUAUAAAGACUGGUUUCAGCAGCAUGCCGAAGAACUGCCGGUAUUCAUGCAGGAGCCAGUGGAUGAGGGUCAGGGGUGUGGGCUGAGGGAGGACAACACCGAGUUGAACCAGCAUAGUCUUUCAGAUAUAAUGGAGGAAGAUGAAUCUCCUGCAUCUUCGAAUUCUCGUUUACCUUUGGUCAACGAUCUUCCUGACAAGUCCCACUUGAGAAAUGCAUCAUACUUAGGAGCAAUUCAAGAGCUAGCAGACCGAGGAGAGCAGCAAAACUAUGAUGUUAGGGCUGGAUUACAGAAAGUAUUACAAGUUUUCAUCACUAAUGCAGCAAAUAUUUUCUUGUUAGAAGCUGAAGAUGAUGGGAGUUUGCUUCUCGAACAGGUUGAUUUAUGUAAGCGUGUCUUGAACAUCUACAGACACAUUAUUUUGAAUAUACAGCUUGCACCUAAAACUUGGGAGCAGACCUUAUUGGUAUUAUUAUGUGUUACCUCUGGUGUUUUGAAGAAGAGCCCACCCACAGAUCGGUUCCGAACUUUGGGAGGAAAACUUGUUCAGCCAAUCUUUCAAACACUGAUUGUCACAUGGAUCAAAGCAAAUUUAAGUGUAUAUAUAUCAGCUGACUUGUGGCACCAGUUGCUCGACGUAUUGUCAUCUCUGACAUCUUGGGAUGAACUCAUCAAAGAAUGGUCGAAAACUAUCAACACACUAACACGCGUGCUUGCACGCCAGGUUUAUAACCUUGAUAUGCAUGACUUACCUUUGGACAGACUUACUGAACAGAAAGAGAAAAAGCGACGGGGCAAGAUUCAAGACCCAAUGAUGUCCUGCAGUGUGUGGAAUGAUCUGAAUACAACCCCAGUUCAAAGAGCCACCCACCCCAUUCCGAAUACUUCUGAAGGUCCUUCCAGAUCUAAAUCUUCAGAACAGAAUGUAUCCCGUGCUUGUAUCACAAGUGAUAGUGGGCUACCCAGAGCCCCCUCUGUUUCUUCAAGCACCCCUGAAACUCCAUUUGAUCGAGGCAAAUUCAAGAGUGAAGGCGCAGGAGGACUAAAAAGCCGGACCGAGCUACAUAAGCAGCGUUCGCUGAGCGGAGAGCCCUCUCCUUGCCACUCGCGCACUGCCUCUGUUGCUUCUGACUCAAUGAUCAGAAGCAGCAGUGAAGGCAAUUUAGCCGAUCCUCGGGAACUGGCUGAAAGGUUAAAAGGGAGACGCACAUCAUUGUCUGGAGGAGAGGAUCAGGACCAUGAAGUAGCUGUGAUAACCACCACCACCACGACAACCAUGACGACGACAACAACAGCAGCAACAACCACCACCACCACCACCACAACAACUACAUCAUCCUCAUCAUCAACAACUGUGAUACACGAAAUCGAAGGCAGUGACAGUAGUACUGGUAACGGAAGCGAAAACAUUACAUGUACUGCAUUAUUGCCAUCAACAGACUCCAUGCUCGAUGCUAUCAGCUUAGAAAAGUCAGACUUGGAGAAUUCCGGAAGGUUGUCGCGGACGCCAUCAAUAAUGUCAAUCCAUUCUAAGUCAGAUUCUCGUAGCCAGUCACCAACAAGUGAACUGGCUGUCGAACUCAAUCCAAAAGACAGUCCUACUCCAGAUCGUGAUAGCUUACAUAUUGAUGUUGUGGCUGGAUCAGGGGCAGAUGAAGGCCCCAUAAAUCGAGAGUCUAUUGCUGGAGUGGACAAUUUUGAGGAGUACAAGAGUGUACUGGCUGGUGGCUAUAUCAUGGGUUGGACACCUGACGUUGCUGUGGUGCUGUGGCGGAGGAUGCUGGGAGUGUUAGGCAAUGUCAAUGAAAUAGAAAGUACUGAAAUCCACACAUCCGUCUAUAAGUGUCUCCAAGGACUCAUGGAGACAAUGAUUAAGAUGAGAGAAAAUCUUGGAGUGACAUUAGAUAACCAAUGUUCUCCAGCACCUCCAGAGUUGAUUCCACCUCUCGCCAUAUUUUCUUCAUGGUUAUUUGAAUGUUUGCAGUUGCCGAACAGAUAUAAAAAUAGCAAAUUGAUAGCAUAUCAACUCCUUUGCCAAAUGUUUGUACGUCGUGACAAUACAUUUUUACCUUUGGAUUCACUCACUCACUUCUAUCAGGCCUUGCAUUUGGGACUAGUUUCCCAGGAGCAGGAUAUGGUAAAUGUUUUAGUGAAACACUGUGGGCCUUGGUUUUUUUCUGCCCCUCUGCCAGGUUCAACACUGCUCAUAUUAGAUUCGAUCCAUGCUGCUGGAACUAUUAUCUCUAGCUCUGAUCCAGAGGCACCCAAAACUGAAGCUGUAGCUCUGUUGGGUGCGUUGAUUUGCUUCCCCAAUCAUUUUGGUGAUCUACGGGUGUUGCAGCCCAAGACGUUGGUCUGUACACAGAUAGCUGCUAAUGAAUUCAAGGAUCUUAUAGUUGACCAGCUAUUGAAGGCAGGAAAACUAGACUCUGUUAGCUCAGCAAGGUGUAUAGCUUUGAGCAGUUUAGGUAUCUUCCUGUAUGAAGAAUUGGUACAUGGUACUCUACAUCCAAAAAUCAAAGAAGCUAUCAAUGUAUUGCUUGGUGCUCUGAAGUGUUCUACUAAAAUGGUGGCCAAGGUGGCAUCAGAUAUGUUGAUGUUGCUCUGUGAUCAUGUUGACACGUUUCUCAGCUAUCUGCCGGAUUUACCAAAGAAGAUCAUUGAAGCAAUUGCCUUAACUGUUACAGAGAUCAUGCCAAGUCCAGAUCAACCAUGCAAUGAAGACCAAAAGCGGUUACUGGAGUCUAUGUUGUUCACAACUGUUGAGUGGUGUAUGCAGAUGCCAAUGCAUCUUCUGUUGGAACCAACUGAAAAUGAGAAACCUUUACUUCAUAAAGUAUUUCAAGUUCUGAAUGCUGCUGUUAUGGGACAAACGACAGCAUCACUUUCAAGAGGUAGCCACUCAUUCUCUGACUUUGUCUCAGAAAUGGACAUGGACAGAGAGGCACUACUAGGCAGCACGAGCGGCUCGAAACUGUUUCCAGCAGAUUCAGUUGAGAACACAAAUGUUGAAGACCCAAAAGGCCUUUGCCCAUUUGAAGCACCAGUAAAGCAAGAAACGGAUAUUCUUAAACUAGCAGCUAAAACGUUAAUGACCCAUUUAGUUAAUCAUCUGAGCCAUUUCCCAAUGGGUGAUGGUGCUGCUAAACUGAGCAGUUGUGUACAAGAACAUCAUGAUCUGCCAGAGUUCUGUGACAAUGAUUUGAAACCGGAAAUCUUCCAAGCAACAAAUGUGCAGUUCUUUGUCCUUAAUCAUCAGUCACUGAUAUCUUUUGUUGAGCUACCUGCUGUGUCUGAUUCAUCUGGAAGAAGUGUGACUGCUGGUUUGACCACUGCCAAAACCGUGUGCCGUGUGAUCAUUCGAGACCUGAGUGGAAAAUACUGCUGGGAGAACUCUGUGCUCUAUGGUCCUCCAUGGUAUCAGAAGGAUCCAACGCCACAGGUUAAAAAAGUUGAAUCCCCUCUUGUUAACGGCCCGUCCAAUAUGCAAUUUUCAUCCGUCAAGAUGGAAGCAGAACCACAUACCAACCAAGAGAACUGUGAUAGCAAGCCUCAGGAUUUGAGGCCACCUCAUCCUGAAGUCGUAGAACUACCUGAAGGCUACACUCCAGACAUUGAUAAUUUGGAUCAACUGCUCCGGUAUAUUGGUUAUGCAAGUCCUGAGUGCCUACUAAUGCCUGGAGUACCUCUUAACAUAGCAGCACCAAUUCCUGAGAAGUUGAGCACUCAAGCUGAGGAAAUGAUGACAAACCUAGUCCUGCAACAGAAAGAGGCAGAACUAGAUUAUUACUACCAGCACAAAUCUGAUUCACGAUUGCAUGUGGAUGAUGCUUGGGUGCGGGAAAUUUCUUUCUUUUUUAAUUUAAAGAAUUUCUUUUCCUUUGGCAGAUGUCAUUUUGAUUUACUGAAGAAAAGUGACAAAUUGUUACGAGAACUGAAAAAUUUGGACAGCCAAAAAUGCCGUGACACCCACAAAGUUGCUGUGAUAUAUGUCGCUGAAGGUCAGGAAGAUAAACACUCAAUACUUGCUAACUGUGGUGGAAGCAAAGCUUAUGAAGAUUUUGUUAGUGGUUUAGGCUGGGAAGUGGAUCUUGAACAACAUGUUGGUUUUCUUGGAGGAUUGCAACAGAACAAGACUACAGGAGAGACUGCCCCUUAUUACGCUAAUUCAACAUGUGAAGUUAUUUACCAUGUUUCCACUCGCAUGCCAACUGGUAAUGAUGCAGCUAUGCAUAUCAAGAUGAGGCAUCUUGGGAACGAUGAGGUCCAUAUAGUGUGGUCAGAACAUAGUCGAGACUAUCGCAGGAACAUUAUUCCGACAGAAUUUGGGGAUAUUCUCAUAAUUAUUUACCCACUUCCAAAUGGACUUUUUAGGAUUCACAUUAACAAGAAACCUGAUAUUCAUUUUGGCCCAUUGUUUGACGGUGCAAUAGUCAAUUCCAAAGUCCUCCCUUGUCUAGUCCGAGCCACAGCCAUCAAUGCGAGCAGAACAAAGCGGGCUCUGAUGCCCCUCUACCAUUCCCACUACGAAGAACGUGCUAAAUGCCUGGGCAACAUCAUCCAGAAACACAUAGAACUGACCAUGUUUGAGGACUUUGCUGCGAAUGUCUUUGCACCAGUCUUUCCAGACACUUCUGCAACAGUUGACCAACCUACAUCUGCAACAACCGCUAACGCAGCAGAUACACCAGCCAUCAGCUCUUCUAACUCUUCAGCCAAGUUGUCUUCAGCUUCUUUUUCACCUUCCCAGGUGUCUGCUCGCCAGUCCAGAGGGAGUGAUUCUGUUUUUGAAACAGCAGAGACAUUUGUUAAAUCCACCGCCAAACGUUUGUCGUUGAAGCGGAAGUGCUCAAUCAGCCGUGUUCCCACAAGCACCCCUCCAGGAAGUCCUACUGUUUAUGUCAGGAAAUGAAACUGGAAACUCUCCUUACUUUUAAGCUUCCAAGUAUCAUCCACAUAUUUAAAAAAAAAAAAAAAGCAAAAAAACUUAAAACUGAAGUCCAACCUUAAAAGGUGUUCUUCAAUGAAAUGUUCUUAGCUGUUUGUUGUUACAAUGUCAAAUUAUUAUUUUUUUUUUGGGGACUGAGAUUAGUGGGGGAGAUGGUGGUGAAGUUCGAAUCUUGAUGUUAUUGUUAUAAUAUUUGUUAUUGUUUCAAAAUUAAUUUUUGUUGUUUUUGUUUCCUAAAUUAUUUCAAUUUUUCGUUCCAUUUUAAUAUUA